AUGGACCCAGGACUCAACGAACUCCUCAAAUGGGGCGUCGAAAACUCCUCCACGACCGCCAAUGACCCAUCCGCUGCUCCUCCCGAAAACCGCGGUCUCAACCCCGACGCCAUCAAUGCCCUCUUCGGCGGACCCAGCGACGCAGACCUGAUGCGCGCAUCCAUGGCCGCAAUCCUCUCCACCGACCCGGAGAUCAGCGUCGACGACAAGCUCGUCGCGUUCGACAACUUCGAGCAAUUGAUCGAGAACCUAGAUAAUGCGAACAAUCUGGCGCCAUUGGAGUUGUGGACUCCGCUGUUGAGCUGUUUGCAGCAUGAGGAGAGCGAGUUGAGGAAGAUGGCGGCUUGGUGCGUGGGCACGGCGGUGCAGAAUAAUGAGAAGAGUCAGGAGAAGUGUCUUGAGAUGGGAGGCAUUCCGCCGUUGGUUAAUUUGGCCACGGGGGAGAAGGAGGAUAGUCAGGUUAGGAGGAAGGCGGUUUAUGCGCUGAGUUCGGCGUGUAGGAAUUAUCAGCCUGCUAUGGAUGUGCUGACGGAGGAGUUGGGCAAGACGGGCAGGAGUGGAGAGAAGGUUGAUGCUGCGAAUAUGGAUGCUUGUGACGUGUUGAUUGGAGGGUUGAGGGAAGAGGCUGCUAAAGCAGCAUAG